CUUCCCCAGCUCCGACCCCAUUCGCUACGACAAACCCCGAAAGAAACAAAUCCCUAACUAUCUUCUCCUUCCCCUUCCCAACUUUCCCCUCUUCAAGAUUUGUGCUUUGAAGAAACUUCCUGUAGUCGAUCAGCAGUAGCAGCCACCGUACCGUACAACGGCGGAGCAAAGAAAGGAAGCAGAAAAAUGGCGUAACGUCGACCACGCGUUCUCGAUUACCGACGACGAUCUAAUGAUGGACAGAUCGUACACCAACACCAACCGUCCUCCCAUCAGGGAGAUCGGACUCGCCGUCUCCCUCCUCGUCUUGGCGUCAUCGGUAUCGUCGUCGGCUUCUUCAUGACCUCCAACAGAGUCGGCGGCGACAGAGCUCAUGGUGGUUUGGAUUUCUACCGCUCGGGUUUUAAUUAUGGUCGUCGAAGUGCUGGGGAUUGGUGUUAGUCUGGGAGUGGAGCAGCCGAUGAUGGUGGAUUGGGAGGAGGUCGCAGCGGCGGCGGCGGUCAAGAGAGAGGAUGUGGUGAGGGCAGUGCAGAGAGUGGUGGGCGGCGACGAGGAGUGUGAAGCGAUGAGGAAGAGAGCGACGGAGCUCGCCGGGAUGGCUCCACAAGCGGUGGAGAGCGGAGGAUCUUCUUAUGAGAAUGUUACGAAUGAUGGCGGUGCUCUAUGGGGAGUUGAGAGACGGGGAGGAGCAAGCUCGGAGGCGGCCUUGUAG